AAGAGAAUGCCGAGUUGAUGCGAGGAAGAUGUUUAAAGUUUUAUAAAGGAUGUCGAAAAUACACAGAGGGGCUUGUAGAGGGGUAUGCUGGUGACCUUGCUUUCGUAAAUGCCCUUGAAACUUUUGGAGGGGAGCAAAAUGAUCCUAUAUGUGUUGCUUUUGGAGGUCCAGUCAUGACAAAUUUCACUGUUGCAUUAAGAGAAAUUGCCUCAUACAAGGAAGUUCUUCGCUCACAGAUAGAGCACAUGCUAAAUGAUAGGUUGCUGCAGUUUGUCAAUAUCGAUCUGCAAGAUAUCAAGGAUGCCCGAAAACCUUUCGACAAGGCUUCACUUACAUAUGAUCAGGCACGAGAGAAGUUUCUGUCAUUAAGGAAAAGCACUAGGACUGAUAUAGCUGCAGCCAUAGAGGAGGAAUUGCAUACUGCUAAAACCUCAUUUGAGCUAGCCCGCUUCAAUCUGGUUAGUACUCUCUCCAAGUUUGAAGCCAAAAAGAGAUUUGAAUUUUUGGAGGCUGUUAGUGGGAUGAUGGAUGCUCACCUACGGUUCUUCAAACAGGGAUAUGAACUCUUACAUAAGAUGGAACCUUUCAUUAAUCAGGUCUUAGCUUACGCACAACAGUCUAGGGAAUGUUCGAACUAUGAGCAAGAAUCUCUAUGUGAAAGGAUGCAAGAACAUAUUAGGCAGAUAGAUCGAGAAAGUAAACAGUUAAGCAAUGCUGGUCUUCCUGUAGCCGAUGGAAUGCAACCUUUUACAAGGGGAUCCCAAAAAGUUAUUGAGGCAGUUAUGGAAUCUGCUGCGAAGGGAAAGGUUCAAACCAUACGACAAGGUUAUCUUUCAAAACGUUCUUCAAACCUAAGAGGUGAUUGGAAGAGAAGGUUUUUUGUUCUCGAUAGUAGAGGGAUGCUGUACUACUAUCGUAAACCAUUUGCCUGGUCUUCUGCAGCUGGAAGUCCGUCUACUAUUCAAAGGAGUAGUUCUGAAAAUGGUCCUGGGCUGCUGAGCCGAUGGCUUUCUUCUCAUAACCAUAGUGCUGUACCUGAUGAAAAAUCUGUUACCCGCCAUACAGUAAACUUGUUGACAUCAACAAUCAAGUUUGACGCAGAUCAAACAGAUUUAAUGUUUUGUUUCAGAAUUAUCUCACCAACAAAAAUAUAUACAUUGCAGGCAGAAAAUGCACUAGACCAAAGGGAUUGGAUUGAAAAAAUAACUGGAGUGAUUACUUCCUUACUGAGUUCCCAAACACCUGAGAAGUGUCUUUCUGCUUUCCGCGCGGGAAGUGGUGAUUACUUUACUAGUGAUAACAGUUCACUAGUAGGGUACCCUGAUGGUUAUCCGAUGUCAAUUGGACAGUAUAAAUGUAAGAAUCUCUCACCUGGAAGUCUUUUAGACAUACCUAGAAGUUCGCAGCAUCAAGAAUAUUGCGGAAAGAGUGAAAAGCCAAUUGAUAUCUUAAGAAAAGUAGCCGGGAAUCAUAAAUGUGCUGAUUGUGGUGCACCUGAGCCAGACUGGGCAUCUUUAAACCUUGGUCUACUUAUAUGCAUUGAAUGUUCCGGAGUUCACCGCAAUCUUGGUGUACAUAUAUCAAAGGUAAGAUCACUGACACUUGAUGUUAAAGUGUGGGAACCGUCUGUGUUGGAUUUGUUUCAAUCACUGGGAAAUAUCUAUGUGAACUCAAUCUGGGAGGAGUUGUUGCACUCGGGACCUACAAGAACUGUUAUACCUGCGGGUUCUUCCAACUCUGAAGGACAUAAGCAACUUGUGAAAAUGAAACCUACUCACGAUGACCCCAUUUCAGUGAAGGAGUUGUUCAUUCAUGCAAAGUAUGCAGAGAAAGCUUUUGUUCCUAAGAUAACAGACAAACAGCGUCUCCACUCUGUAGCAGAAGAGGUGUGGGAAAGUGUUCGUUCUAAUGACCCAAGGGCUGUAUACCGCUACAUUGUUUGCUAUGGGGCUGAUGUGAAUACUAUUUAUGGUCAUGCAUCGUAUUUUGACUCUCUGGACCCCUCAUCAAGAUCUUUGAACUCGUUAAAUAAAAGCGAAGAUCAGAUCGAGAAGGAGCAUUCCGACAGUUGUUCACUACUGCAUCUUGCCUGCUUAACCACCGAUAUCUGCAUGGUGGAGCUGCUGCUUCAGUAUGGAGCAAAUAUAAAUGCGUCCGAUUCAAGAGGUCGGAUGCCACUCCAUAUUUGUGUCAUUGGCAGGAAUUUUGCAAUAGCAAAAUUGCUUCUUACAAGGGGAGCAGAUCCACAUGCUGUAGACGGAGAAGGUCACACUCCUCUUCAGCUUGCAUUAGCAUCAGGUGUCGAUGAUCAUGAGGUUUUGCCAUUCUUAACAGAAUGAUAGUAUAGUAUAUCACAACCCCAGAAGGGAACGUCAAAGACCCUGAAUGGAAGAAAUCAACCAUACAUUAGGGCUUUUAGCAUACAAAGUUGAAAGUUUGGCUUACCCCAUGUGAAACCGCAUCAUAAUUCAUAGCUUUCUUCAAGUAUACGACUAUAUGCAAUUCCCACCACCAUCUUGGUAGUUCCUUUGGAUACUCUGUUUUAAUAGCUUAUAUUUUUAGGUUCUAUUUAUUUCUUAUAUAUAUAUAUAUAAAUUUUAUUUGAGGAUUGGAUAGCUCAUGCAUUUAAAUGUAUUAUAAGUUUUAUAAGA